AUGUCACUGAAGUUGUCUGUCAAUACGAGCCCACUAGCUGGGAAGGAUGGUAAAUUCCUCACUAUAGAGGCUAUGUGGAAGCGGCUCGUUCGAGAGACUACAAAUAAUGUGGCGAUCAAGGCUGAGAGGACACCGGAAAAGGAUGGUCUGAUUGUGAAAGGACGAGGAGAACUCCAGUUGUCGAUACUGGCUGAGCAGAUGCGACGAGAGGGCUUCGAAAUGACUGUGAGUCAGCCAACAGUAGUCACUAGAGUAGUGGAUGGAGAGAAGCAAGAGCCCUAUGAGGAGGUUGUAAUACUGGCCGAGAAUGAGCUCGCUAGCAUCUUCGCUGACAAGCUAUCAUCGCGAGGAGGAGAGCUAUCUGAGUUGCUGCCACAGAAGGGUAACGAAUCCCUCCUCAAGGCUGUGAUCAGCUCUAGGAAUCUCAUGGGUUUCAGAACCUACGUUCGGGAGAAGUCUCAAGGCAAGGCAGUGAUGAUGUCAACGUUAGUUGGUUUCAAGAAGUGGCAGAAAUCUAUUCCAUCCAGUCGUGACAAGGUACUCGAUGAUGCCCAUCUAAUAGCUACUACCACUAUGGCUUAG